AUGGGGGCAGGAAAUGUAAACUUACAGUGGGCGUUCUCGGGCAUUUCCACCUUUGCGCGCCUCAAACAUGUUAAAUGCCUUCUGGAGCCAGACGAACUCUAUGACAUUGCAAUCAUCGGAGCGCCAUUUGACACAGCGGUCACAUACAGACCCGGUGCGCGAUUUGGCCCUCGGGCCAUUCGCGCUGCCAGCAGUCGCCAAGUGCCGGGAUUGGCAUACAACACCCGCGCAGGGAUAAACCCCUAUCUCAGCUGGGCCCGAAUCCUGGACUGUGGUGACAUCCCCGUCGUUCCAUUCGACAAUGCUAUUGCCGAAUCGCAAAUGUACGAAGCCUUCCUCGAGCUUGGUAACCGACCAACGCCAAAGAAUGGCAGACCCAAACUCAUCACCUUAGGAGGUGAUCACAGCAUCGCGCUUCCAGCGCUUCGCGCCUUGUACAAGAUUUAUAACAAGCCGAUUACGGUGGUGCAUUUCGACGCCCACCUCGACACAUGGAAUACACUCCGGUACUCGGAGGUGUGGACUUCUGAGCAAUCCCGCUUCACUCACGGCAGUUUUUUUCACACUGCUAGUCUUGAAGGGCUUAUUUCCAAUACUAGUUCCGUCCACGCGGGACUACGAACUCGUCUGACGGGUACUGACGAUGGCGACUACACCAAUCCGGGUCCGGAACAAGGCUUCAUGCGAAUUCACGCUGACGACAUUGAUGAUAUCGGCGUAAAGGGGGUGAUUGACGCAAUCAUCUCUCGUGUCGGUCUCUUGCCCGACGAGCCUGUAUAUUUGAGCCUCGAUAUUGACGUCCUCGACCCCAGCAUCGCGCCAGGGACAGGGACGCCCGAACCGGGGGGUUGGACGACGCGAGAAUUGAUUAGAAUCCUCCGGGGGAUUGAGAAGCUGAACCUUGUUGGAGCAGAUAUCGUGGAAGUAUCACCCACUUACGACGGACAUGGAGAAGGAACAGCUCUCGCAGCGGCUCAAAUGGUCUAUGAGUUACUGGCCAGCAUGGUAAAGUUGGAACUUAAAGAAGAAGCCGGUGGGUGGUAUGGCAAGAAGAGUCAGAAAUCUCGCGACGAGCUGUGA